GCUGUCAAUUAUUUUGAUGAGAAUGAAAAUUAUAUCUGAUUUUCAUAACGGGUGGGGAAAAAAAUCAGCUAUCGGACACUUUAUUGUCAAUUAUAAUUUUUUCCUCAGCUUGAUUGAAUUUUGGCUCACAUUUUUUUAAUUUUAAUAAUACUCUUACAACGCACGCGCAGAACAUCGCCAAAAAUCGCCCAGCGCCAUAUUGAGAGAGGCGGACGUUGUAUGACUUGAGUGAUUAAUCGUGGUUAGUGCAAUAAUUUGAAGUGGAACAUUUGAUCGUGCCCUAUGGAUAAACAUUCGGGAGUGGUGUGCCUUGGUUGAAAGGCCUGCCGAAAGGACAGGGCUCCGCGCGCGAGGAAGGACUGCGGCCCUCCGCCCUGAGGAAACAUGGACUGCUGCAUGUCAGAAGAAGCCAAAGAACAGAAAAGAAUCAACCAAGAAAUAGAGCGGGUACUCCGGAAGGACAAACGUGAUGCCAGGAGAGAACUCAAACUUCUGCUGCUUGGCACUGGCGAGUCAGGGAAGUCGACAUUCAUCAAGCAGAUGAGAAUCAUCCACGGCUCCGGCUACAGCGACGAUGACAAGCGGGGAUUCAUCAAGCUCGUCUACCAGAACAUCUUCAUGGCGAUGCAGAGUAUGAUCCGGGCCAUGGAUCUACUCAAAAUACAAUACGGGGUUCCGUCCAAUUUAGAAAAGGCGGAUUUGAUAUCAUCAAUCGACUUUGAGAGCGUGACCACUUUCGAGAGUCCGUACGUGGAGGCGAUCAAAGGUCUGUGGGCCGACAACGGGAUUCAGGAGUGCUAUGACCGCAGGCGGGAGUACCAGCUCACUGACUCUGCCAAAUACUACUUGCAGGAGAUAGACCGCGUGGCGGCACCCAAUUACUUACCGACCGAACAAGACAUCCUGCGCGUGAGAGUGCCCACGACGGGCAUUAUAGAAUACCCCUUUGACUUGGAGGAGAUACGAUUUAGUUAUUUAAGCGAUCUGGCCAGAAUCGAGGCGGCGGACUAUCUCCCGACAGAGCAGGACAUACUUCGCGCGCGUCAACCCACUACCGGUAUCCUUGAGUAUCUGUUUGAUCUUGACGGCAUCAUAUUUAGAAUGGUAGACGUCGGGGGCCAAAGAUCCGAGAGAAGGAAGUGGAUUCACUGUUUUGAAAACGUCACCUCCAUCAUAUUCUUAGUAGCUCUUAGUGAAUAUGAUCAAAUUUUAUUCGAAUCUGAAAACGAGAACCGGAUGGAAGAGUCAAAGGCGUUGUUUAAGACCAUCAUCACGUACCCCUGGUUCCAACAUUCGUCGGUCAUCCUCUUCCUCAACAAGAAGGAUUUGCUCGAGGAGAAAAUCAUGUAUUCGCAUCUUGUCGACUACUUCCCCGAAUACGACGGUCCCCAACGCGAUGCCAUCACGGCGCGCGAGUUCAUCCUGCGGAUGUUCGUGGACCUCAACCCGGAUGCGGAGAAAAUCAUCUAUUCACAUUUUACUUGUGCGACAGACACCGAAAACAUCCGGUUCGUGUUCGCCGCGGUGAAGGACACCAUCCUACAAUCCAACCUGAAGGAGUACAACCUCGUGUAAGCCACGUGCCCCGACACAAAUCUGUGAUUGUGUAUAACACGUAACAAACAUCAUCAACUCACACGGCAGAGUGUGUACAUUCACGAACCAGUAUCGGAUGGACGAACUUAUUCAACUUACAAUGUUUAAUGAGAAAGUAAGGAUAGAUUUAAGUCAUUUAACCUCGGAGUCAUUUUACCGGCGGAGAUCGGACCGCGCGAGACGCGUCAGGUUUAUUGACAUGAUUUUUUAUGAAGAAGUUAUUCACAAUUUAUGUAUGUGUCUGUAUCGGUGAAUAUUAAAUUGUGCAUUUUAAAAGUUAUGGCGAGUCUUGGGCUAACCAUGAGCUGCUUUUAGUCAUUGUUUUAGGAUUUUUGUAAAGUUUGUUGCCAUAAUAUCUUUCUACAUUAGAAUACAUUUAUUAUGUCCAGACGGAUGGAUUUGAACAAACUAGUCCAAUGAACUUACGCGUGUUUUAUAUCAUCCUCACGGGUCGGGCUCGACGCAGGACUUCCUAUUAAUGUAUCGAUCGGGUCGCUUCCGUUUUACUAUUACGUAUUUAUUUUAGUUACGAAAUGUCUCGUAGUUACUGUCGCUCCGGAGCUUGCUAGAGAUGAGAGUAGGCGAGAUGCGGAGGGAGGCGCCGAUAGAUUUCCUAAUCAUUCC